AUGGAAAAGGAUAAUUAUAUCAUAAUAAUCAUAUUUAUGAAGAAGGACAAUAUAUAAAUGGGAAAAAGAUUGGACCUCAUUUAAUAUAUAAAAAUAAUAUUCUGUAAAAAACUAUUAAUUAUUGAAAAUAUUUUGUAUAUAUUAUUAUUAUUAUUAUUAUUAUUAUCAUAAACACGUAUGGCAAUAUUAUUUGAAAUAUUGUUAUUGAUAGGAUUUGCUGGAGCAAGUUUUUAUAUUGGAUACAGGUAUUCGAUUGAUUUUCAACCAAAAGUUGAUGCACCAUACAAUCCAGUUGAUGAUAUUGAAUCAUCAAAAGGAAGAUCAGGGGCUAUAACCAAAUCUCAGUAUUAAGCUAGACAAAAAGAACUUGAUAAAGUGUUAUAAUAAAUAGAAGAAGCAAAGUAAAAAGAGAAAAAGAAAUUAGUUGAAAUUGAUUUACUCAGAGCAAAAUCUAAGGAUAAAGUGCUUUCAGAUUAAGAAUUUAAUAAUUUGUUAGAUGAAUGAUAUAAAAU